AUGCUGUCCUCUCCUGGUGUGAUGGCAUGCUCACGGACCUGCUCCCGCAUCCUGGGGCUGAGCCUCGGGACCACUGCCCUGUUUGCUGCUGGAGCCAACACAGUGCUCCUCUUUCCUAACUGGGAUGUGAGCUACCUGUUGAGAGGCCUCAUUGGCAAGCAAGCCAUGCUGGGCUCUGGGCUCUGGGGAGGAGGCCUCAUGGUCCUCAUUGCAGCUACCCUCAUCUCCUUGACGGGCUGGAGAUAUGGCUGCUUCAGUGAAAGUGGGCCCUGUCAAAGUAUGCUCACUGCUCUGCUGUCCAGUAGUCUGGCUUUUCUAGGAGCCUUGAUUUGCUUUAUCACUUCUGGUGUAGCCCUGAAAGAUGGCCCUUUAUGCAUGUUCGAUGCCUCAUCCUUCAAUCAGAUGCAAGCUUGGAAAUAUGGUUACCCAUUCAAAGACUUGCAUAGAAUUAUUUGUAUGACCGUUCACUCUGGAACUCUGUCUGCCUGGAGCCUUCUAAAGCCGUCAUCUGGCACGUGUCCUUCUUCUCCAUCCUUCUGUGCGUCAGCCUCCUCCAGAUUCUCCUGGUGGUCAUUCAUUUCAUCAACAGCUUCUUGGGACUUUUCUGCAGCCUCUGUGAGAAGUGAUAGGUAA